AUGGCUAUUCGUUUGCCUUGUGUUUUGAGUGCAAAAUACAUUCUUCGUCGAUCAAAUCCGCUUGCAAAUCAUGCAGCUGCAACAUCAGUGGGUGUGCCUAAAGGGCACUUUGCUGUGUACGUUGGAGAGGGUAAAAAGAAGAGAUUUGUGAUACCAGUAUCAGUGUUGAAUCAACCCUCAUUUCAGCGACUGUUAAGCAUAGCAGAGGAAGAAUUUGGCUUCAGUCAUCCAAUGGGUGGGCUUACGAUUCCAUGCACAGAAGACAUUUUCCUUAACAUCAUCUUCUUUUCGUAGGCCAUGACAUGCAGUUACAGUAAACUUUAAGACAGUUCUUCUUUUAUGGUUUUUUAUUUUCACAUGGGCUUCAUACUCAUGCAGAAAAGUUACUAUGAUGCUGUUGGAUUUUGAGAACUGUCGGCAAAUAAUGAUGCAUUUAAAGUAUUACUAUGU